CCAGCAACCAGUAACAGGAAAAGCCAGUGCCUAAAGAGAGAGAAGACUUCUCUUAAUACUGACUAGGGGAAAGGAAAGUGAAGCUGACACUAUCACAGGAGCUCAAGACUGCAGGAUCAACAUGAGCUACGAUAAACACAUCCUCUGGGCCUGCGUCGCUGCUCUGGUCACUGGUUGGGUCCUCACGAAUGAUGAUGGACACUGUUCUGGGACUAUCACGAGGCACUCAUGCAACUGGACUUGUAUGCAUCUCACUCUUCAAUGGCCUGGGAGUUUCUGUAUUGGUAUUAACAACAAAACCAGCUGCAAAAUACCACAAACUGUUCAAUACUGGACCAUCCAUGGCCUAUGGCCUAUACGUACUGGUCACUGCUGUGACUGUUGGCCGAUAUAUCAUUCCCAUCUUGAGGAAAUUGAGCCUGAACUCACUAAGCUGUGGCCAUCGUUUAUAAAAGGAAAGCACUUCUUCUACUUCUGGAAGGAGGAAUGGAUUAAACACGGGACGUGUGCAGGCUGUGUGGAGGCCAUGGGUUCACCGCUUCUUUAUUUCCAAGCCGCAGUCAAGCUUCGGAAACUCUUCGACAUUGAUAAUAUCUUGGAAAGAUCUGGAAUCAAAACCUCAUGCGAAGUGUCAUAUAAGCAUGACGACAUACGUGGUGUUCUGACCCCGCUGCUUGGACAAAACUAUGAUUUGCAGUGUGUGACGGACAGCGAGGGUCGUGAAGCGUGGAUCCAGCUGAAGAUCCAUCUCUUCAGGAACCAAACCCUUGGAUGCCCCAAACAAGAACAAGAGCAAAAGUUUGAUCGGUUACCGUGGUCUAACAGCACAGGACAUCCCUGUCCAAAGAACAGCACCAUCUUUUAUGUUCCAAUUAACUACGAAAAUCCUCAUGAACCCUGUAACUAAGAGAAGCUGAAGUUAUAGACUUUCACUGAUUUCAUGUUUGACUGUCCUUUUCCAAUUCUCAGACCUGGUGCAUAUGUUUUAAUAAAAACCUUGGAACAUUUUCUUCCCAUUAGUGAGCAAGAAGGAAAUAUACAAAUCACAGAUUAAAGGGGUUUGAAAGACCUUUAAUGCACUCAGAAUAUACACCAGUUAUUAAUGACAUUAAAGGUUCAGUAAUGUAAUGGACCAGUAAUGUAAUGGAGCAUGAUGUUGAAUAAACGUGCGUGGUGCAGAGCACAGCGGUUUAUCUCAUCUGUUGGAGCUCAAAUCACUCAUUAAGUGAAUAAAAAUGGAAUUCCUCUUUAUGGUUGAUGUUCUAAACACCAGCAGGCAAUAAAAAGUUUAAAACGAACAGCCGUCAGCUAUGAAAUAUUUCAUGCGAACACUCAGGAUGGAUGGAUUUGGGAACUCACGGUUCACAUUUUAUUUGACAUGGAAUCAGUUUGCCAAAAAGUAUGUUUCUACACCACAGAAGAAACAAAAUAGACUAUCCACUAAAACCUUCGACUAAGU